AUGGCAGGUGAUCAACUACACGUGCUAAACGCACUCGACGUUGCAAAAACGCAAUGGUACCAUUUCACGGCUAUUAUCAUCGCCGGAAUGGGAUUCUUCACGGACGCAUACGACCUUUUCUGCAUCUCCCUCGUCACUAAGCUUCUUGGCCGGAUUUACUACCACGUGGACGGCUCACCGAAGCCAGGGAACCUACCUCCAAACGUUUCAGCCGCGGUUAACGGCGUUGCAUUUGUUGGUACGCUCACGGGACAGCUCUUCUUCGGCUGGCUCGGCGACAAACUCGGGAGGAAAAAAGUGUACGGCAUGACUCUCGCGGUCAUGGUCGUGUGCUCCGUCGCUUCAGGUCUCUCCUUUGGGAGCACACCGAAAGGAGUGAUGAGCUCUCUCUGUUUCUUCCGGUUCUGGUUAGGGUUCGGUAUAGGCGGCGACUAUCCGUUGUCCGCGACGAUUAUGUCUGAAUACGCUAAUAAAAAGACACGUGGCGCGUUUAUAGCCGCGGUUUUCGCCAUGCAAGGGUUCGGAAUCUUGACCGGAGGGAUCUUUGCGAUCGUCGUGUCUGCGGUUUUCGAUGCUGAGUUUCCUGCUCCGGCUUAUAAAGUGGAUGCCUUGGGGUCCACGGUACCUCAGGCUGAUUACGUGUGGCGGAUUAUACUCAUGGUCGGUGCUGUGCCUGCUGGGAUGACGUACUACUCGAGGUCCAAGAUGCCAGAGACCGCGCGGUACACUGCACUCGUGGCCAAGGACGCGGAGCUAGCGGCUUCGAACAUGUCUAAGGUUUUGCAAGUGGAGAUAGAGGCAGAGCAUGACAGAGUGGAAGAGAUUGCUAGAGAUAGGUCCAAAUCGUUUGGCUUGUUCUCCAAGGAAUUCAUGAGGCGUCAUGGUCUUCACUUGCUUGGAACCUCAAGCACAUGGUUCUUACUAGACAUCGCCUUCUACAGUCAGAACCUUUUCCAGAAAGAUAUCUUCAGCGCCAUUGGCUGGAUCCCACCGGCUCAGACCAUGAACGCAAUCCGAGAAGUUUUCAUGAUCGCGCGUGCACAAACCCUAAUAGCCUUGUGCAGCACGGUACCUGGUUACUGGUUCACAGUUGCAUUUAUCGACAUCAUGGGUAGAUUUGCGAUACAGAUGAUGGGGUUCUUCUUCAUGACUGUCUUUAUGUUCGCUCUCGCGAUUCCUUACGAGCAUUGGACUCACAAGGAAAACAGAAUCGGGUUCGUGGUUAUGUACUCGUUAACAUUCUUCUUCGCAAACUUUGGACCUAAUGCUACAACUUUCGUGGUGCCUGCUGAGAUAUUCCCCGCUAGGUUUCGAUCAACGUGCCAUGGAAUCUCCGCGGCUUCUGGAAAACUAGGAGCAAUGGUUGGUGCGUUUGGAUUCUUGUACUUGGCACAAAGUCCUGACAAGAACAAGACAGAACAUGGAUAUCCUCCAGGGAUUGGUGUCAAGAACUCGCUCAUUGUUUUGGGUGUGGUUAAUCUUUUGGGGAUGGUCUUUACAUUGUUGGUUCCCGAAUCUAAAGGCAGGUCUUUGGAGGAAAUGUGUGGGGAGAACGAGGACAAUGAUGAAGGCAGCAGUUUCAGCAAUAACCACUAAAACAUCACGGUAUCAACUGCUAGAGAUUCUUAAAGACUUCUUUAUUACUUGUAUUUUUUGUUCACUAUAUAUCUUCAAAUUUCUUGACACUAGAAGCUCGAGCUAUUCUUUAUAUCCG